AUGCCAAAGGGACAACACAGGGCCGUGCGAAGUCAAGGAUACUACCGCCUGACCCCAGUCACUACCCCAACGACCGCAUACGCUCCCGUCUCGUCCCGGCCCGACAUUCAGAACGGCUACUAUAAUUCCUCGGUUCCCCUCACGCCCAGUAUGUCUCAACAGUCGUACACCCAGCAGCCCUCUGGUUACCCCAAUGGUGGACCGGUACAACUUCCCUUGAGUACUCCACAAUACACUCAGAUGGCUCAAGCACCACCGCUAGCCUCGAUACGCCCUUCGAGCGGAGCAUGGAACCCCCAAGAUGAUCAGACUCUCAUGGCAGCUCGAGCACAAGGGAUGAACUGGGCUCCCAUCCAGCAAGCCUACUUCCCCUCCAAAACACCCAACGCUUGUCGGAAACGGCACGAACGGUUGAUGGAGAGACGAAGUGCAGACGAUUGGGAUGGGCUAAAGCUAGAGUCUCUAGCGAAGAAUUAUAUGGGCAUGAGGAGAGAGAUCUGGUCAGGGCUGGCUGCAGAAACUGGCGAGAAAUGGAAUGUUGUUGAGCAAAAGUGCAUGUCACAAGGCCUCAAGAACCUCCAAACAGCAGCCCGCUCCUGCGCCCGCCGCGAACGCAUGCUCGACACCUCUCAAAGCGGGCCUUACCAAGGUGCGUACGAUCGAGACGAUAGCGGACUCGGUCUCGGCGAUGACAUAGGAGCUGAUUAUGACGGAGAUGGAGCUAGUGAUCGUUCCGGCAGUGCGAGCGCAUAUCAGGGACACCACUACAGCUCCAGCGCCGGCAGUGGUGGGAGCGGAGGCUACCACCCGCACGGGCAGAGACUGCCUAGCAUGGACAUGGGGAUCGAUGCGAUAAUCAAUCGGCCUGGAAAUGGACGUUGA